ACACAACAUAGAACAUGCGGUAUAGAACAUGCUGCAAAACAAUACAAUACGUGACUUGGAGUUUUAAAAAUUCUUAGAAUUUCAAAUCGUAAUUAACUAUAAAUUGACCCGCUCUAGGCCAAUCACAAUGAAGUGAUUGUCUCAGUCAUGUAAUAAAAUUGUUUUAUCAUGUCAUGAUAUUUGACAACCCGCCAACAGAUUUUUAAUUUCUUUUACAAUCAGCCUACCAACACCAAUGAAAUGAUGUUUUUAUAAGCUGUUAAGCUGUUUAAACCGUUUGUAUCAAAACCGAAGAAACGUUUCCCAGUUAAAGAACAUUUAGCAAAACCUUUGCACGGCGCGGCGUUCUUGUAGGAACAAAAACGUGAAUGAAAAGAUGUUUGGUGUUGUUGGUGUUGCUGUAUUGCUGUGUGGCUCAGGACUUCUAACCAGCAUCGAAGCCACUUGUGGGGUCCGCCCAAAGACCAGGAUCAUUAGUGGUCAUAAUGCGCUCCCCAACUCAUGGCCCUGGAUGGUCCAGAUAAAUCACCUUGGAGGACAUCACUGUGGAGGCGCCUUGGUGAGCCCCCAGUGGAUUGUAACCGCGGCACACUGUGUAAACCAUGCUCAGAAGCCGGAAAAUUACCGUGAAUUUAAAAUAACUCUCGGCGAGCACCGAAGAAGCACACGAGAAGGAUACGAGCAGGUGUUUGACGUGGCAAACAUCGUUGUACACCCACAGUACGAUAAACCUUCCAUGGUGAAUAAUGAUAUCGCAUUGAUCAAGCUCAACCGUCCCGCCAUUUUGAAUCGUCAAGUGGGCUUAGUUUGCCUUCCUUAUCAAGGCUACAACAUUCCGGCUGGAAAGAAGUGCUAUGCCACUGGGUGGGGCUUGACAAUCCCUGAGGACUGGAACAGUCAAGCUGACACUCUUAAACAAGCCAUGCUUCCCACAGUUAGCCAAUCAGAGUGCGAGGAAGACAACAAAGAUUCUGGUAUUCCUGUAACCAACGCCAUGUUCUGUACGGGCCAUGGCGGCUCAAGCCCCAUCAGCACUUGCAACACUGACAGCGGUGGACCAAUAGUGUGCAAGGAUUCUAGAGGCAGAUGGAUCUUACAGGGUGUGGUCAGCUGGGGUUCAGGUGGUUGUCAUCCGGGACAUUACUCUGUUAACGCUAGAGUCAGCAAGUUUACUGGCUGGAUAAACAGCUACAUCAGCAGCUAACUAAUCCAUAGACAAAAAGCCUGGAGAUUUGAAACGUCAUAUCGAGUAGCGGAAUGUUCACUUCAGAAUGAUGUAAUAGAGAAUAAAAUAACAAAA